AUGCAUCCUCUACACAAUCAAGUCUCCUCGGCCCUUCAAACACGCCACAACAUUGCCGUAAACCCGCAAUGGCUCAACACAUUCCUCACGUCGCGCGGCCCAAACCCGCCCCCUCUCCCGGCGCUCAUCUCGACUGCGCACUUCCGGAUUCUCGCAAGCGACAUCACAACCACCGUCUCGCCGGGGACGACGGCAGAGGCUUUCCCCGCAGGCAUUAGCGAUGUGAAUGUCAAGGAGCGACGACUCGAAGGUACAGUGAUUGCCCAAGUCCUCGAUGUUCUCGACGUGGGCAGUAGCAAGUGGAGCCAGGUCGAGGCCAUUGAGCGGGUCGAGCGCGGCGAGGAGGUCCGUGGGCGAGAAGUCAUCCGGACAGUGAACGGCAUGGGUGAUGACGACGAGGUCGUCAACGGCACCGCAGCACCAGCUACAGUGACGGGCGCCAACACCUCCUCGUCGACGGGUCUGUCGUCGGCAAGCAAGAAACUCAGCUUCGGCCCCCACAAGCUCCUCCUGCAAGACGCCCGCGGCACCAAAGUCCUCGCGUUCGAGCUGGUCAAGAUCCCCAAGAUCGGGCUCUCGACGGCGGCGUCGGCCUCCCUUCCGCCGUCGGCGCGAAAUCUCGGCCCCACGGCGACCCUGGAAGAUCCAGGGAUGUUCAUCGGGUGCAAGCUGCUUCUGAGGCCUGGCACGGUCGUGCGGAGAGGCAUGGUCAUGCUCACGCCCGAAAACUGCGUCGCGCUCGGUGGAAAGGUCGAGGCCUGGGAUAAGAAGUGGAAGGAGGAGAGAAAGCAACGAUUAACCGCGUUAGUAAGAGAAGAAAAUGCCGCCAGGGUUGGCUAA